GAAGGGCUCUGCCGGGGCACAACCCAGCCCCCGCUGGCUCCUCGGCUGCUCCGCAGCUAGAAAGCGACCGGGGUGUGCCACAGGGCUCAGCCGGGAGGCGAGCACUGACUCAUGGAAACUUUGGGCUCCAGGGACCCCGGCUCCGAGGCAGGGACUCAGAUGUUCUCAGGAGGUGUCAGCAGGCCUAAGCCAGACCCUGGCCUGCAUCUGCCCCUCUGCCAGGACCCCUAGAGCCAGCCAGGGCCCACCAGAGGCUGCCCUAAUCCCCAGUGCAGCAGGACAGAGCUGAGCUGUUUUUCUUUAACUCUUUUCAAGCCUUGGACCUUUCCUUGGGACUCGUCUCCUGCCUGUGUGUCCUGGACUAUUACAGAAUUGCCCAGCAGCCGAGAACACCCAAAGCUCUCCUUACCGAGCAGUGCUUCCAGGUUAACCGACACUGCAGCGUGCUCACUCUAAUGGUGCCUGGCGAGCCUUUGCUGAGGCCGGACUCACCCUAGGAUAGCGCCUCUCCAUGCUGCUGGGCGCUCAGCAGGACCCUACGGCCACGUGAUGAACGCACAGGCAUUGGCCCACACUCUCUGGAAAUACCUGGGAAAGCUGCUGGUGAUCCUAGAGCUGUCUGUUCAAGGCAACUUCUUAAACACAUCAGCCAUCCCCCGCAGAUGCCCCUUUGUCUGCAUAUGCACCUCGGACCUUCUGAGCUGUGUCAAGCAAGGUCUCCAGCAGGUGCCAGUUGCACUUCCUCCCACAGCUACCACCUUGGAUCUCAGCCACAAUGCCCUCUUCCAGCUUCACAACCGUUGGCUGGCAGCCCUACCACGCCUCCAGGCCCUCCGCAUCAGUCACAAUCGCAUCAUGGACCUCUCGCCACAGGCAUUCCACAAUGCCACAGGCCUGAGACACCUGGACAUGUCCUCCAAUUACCUGCAUGCCGUCGAGAAGCACUACUUUGAAGCGCUGGUGCGCCUAGAGGAGCUCCUGCUCUACAACAACUGGAUUGUACAGGUAGAUGAACAAGCCUUCCUCAGGCUAAGCAGCUUGCAGAAGGUCUACCUAAGUUGGAAUAACCUAACCCAAUUCCCCUUCAGCUCCAUGCAGGGGCUUAGCCACCCUAACCUGACGACCCUGGACCUCUCCACCAAUAACCUGAGCAGAAUCCCCAUCGAGGAGGUCACAGCCUUGCCUGUGUACAUCAGAAAUGGCUUGUACCUGCACAACAAUCCAGUGAGGUGUGAUUGCUCACUCUACCAGAUGUUCAAGCAGUGGCAGCAGCGGCACCUCAGCUCAGUGCAGGAUUUCCUAGAGGAACACACAUGUAUGGCAUUUGACAACAUGGCACGAUCCUUAGUCAGAUUCCUCAAGUACAACAAGAUCUUUGAGAAUUGCUCCCUGAGCCAGGGCUCCCCUGGCACCUCAGACGUGCAUGCCACAGUGCUCAUAGGAGAAACUCUGCUAAUCAACUGCAACACGAGCACGCAUGACACAUCUGCCACCUAUAUGUGGAUAUCGCCCCGCCACGAGCCCAUCAUGCACCCUGGAAAUGGCAAUCGCACACUUGAAGUUUACCACAAUGGGAGCCUGAAGAUCAUCGCAGCCAAGCCUUGGCACUCUGGGGUAUACGUGUGCAUGGCUAUUGGCAAGCACCACCAGCUCAACAAGACGCAUGAGGUCAACGUGACCAUCCACUACCCUAUGCUGGAUGGGGAGUCCUUCAGCACCGGCCUCACAACCCUCCUCGGGUGCGUAGUGAGCCUCAUGCUAGUCCUCAUGUACCUGUACCUCACUCCAUGCCACUGCUUCCAGUGCUGCAAGAAAGCUGCUGCUCCUAGUCCUCCCCAGGAAAGCAGUGCUCAAUCCUCCAUCCUGAGUACCACCCCUCCAGCCCCAGACGGGCCCAGCCGCAAGAUCAGCACCAGCAAGCACGUGGUGUUCCUUGAGCCCAUCAAGGAAGUGCACAAUGGUAAGAUCAGGCUGGCUGCCAAGGAGGAUGUCACGAACACCAAGAAUCUCAAGUUCCUGCAGCUAAAGUCGGACUCAGAAUCCGUUAGUUCCAUCUUCUCAGACACUCCCAUCAUGUCCUAGGAGGUAGGCGGGCAGAAAUGGGGGGGCAGUCUCCCAGGAGACAAAAUUGGUGUGUGUUGGGUCGCUAGCAGCCACCGCUUGGGAGGGAGAAAGGGGCACCAUGCUGAGAUGCAAUCUGCUGCGCAGAAGAGCUGCAUUUUCUUGUACUUGUUACUCCUAGAGGGAGGAUUAUGAUGCAUCCUUAUAAGGCUCCAGCUACUUCCAGGCUCCACUGCCACAUUGUAAAACAACCCAGGGGAGAGAGAAGAUAAGAAUAGCCCCCAUGACUGCAGUCUGAUGGCCUCAGCCUCUCCUCUUCAUUGUGGUUAAAGGCAGGCAGGUCACCCCAAAAACAAAGCUAGCUUUUAUGAGAUCAAAUGCUCUUUGAAGGAUCACAAAUGACUGCAUCCUGUUCUGCACCACCCAGACAAUAUGGUGUAGCAGAAGGUUCUCCUCACUUUAGAUUCUUGUCAAUGGAACAGGGACAAUUUCUUCCGAGUGCUGUCCAGUGGCUGAUUCAAGAGAAGCCCAUUGGGUAGCUCCUGGCUCUAAUUGAGCAGCCUGUCUAGCUAGGACUGCAGCUUUGACCCUCAGGAUGAUGCACAUUGGCUAAUUAACAUCCUUACAGAUUUGUCUUUCCAGAACGCCCUAGUGGUGGCACAAGACUGGGCAACCCUUCUGCCUCCCACCUCUCUCUCCCCCCCCACCUCCCAUUCACAUGUCUAACACUGGAUGCAGGGAAACAUGUGUGGCUGAGCCCUCCACUUCCAACCAGCCCCCGACUUCCUUGAAUAGUGCACUGCAGGGUUUAGCACUCUCCUGGGCAAGGCUGAGCCCAACUUGACCACUCGCCCUCUGGGCAUGUACAGCCCAUAAGUGCUGGAGACUGUCAGCUAGACUUUUGCUUGACCUAGCUCAGUGAGUUGUUUGCUUUAAUUACAAAGCCACAUGGCCAGCCCAGUGUACUUGGCUUCUUUCCUAGUGAGAGCUCUCCUCCAGCCCAUAGUCUCCAAUAGCACUGGGGCACCUGCAUUGCUACAUUAGAAUUCUGCUAGCUCAGGACAGUAGCAGCAGCAGCAAACAAGCCACUACAGGCUAUAUGCCCUAGAGAAGGAGAGCAGCAUGCUCCAUCCCCAGAGCACAGGGGUAAGGAGAACAUACUCCUGGCACAGGCUAAUGCUGCCUACUACGUACAACUAACCCACUGCCAGCUCCUUCAACCAGCUGGCCCUAGAAUUAGGGAAGUGCUGCCUAGCUUGUGUGUGGUCCUAGUGAGGAGGCAAAUUUCACUGGGAUCUUCACUGGACAAAGCCAUUCAGUGAAGCAAACAAUGCAAUUACUCCCCACCUCUGCUACACACAAGCAGCUGUAAGCAGUUGAGUUCAGGAAUGUAAUAGAUGAUGACUGCGCAUAGUGUGAGACUAAUGACCCAACCCUGCACUGUUCCAUGCUCCCCCUGUAACAGAGAAGGCGCAGUUCCUACACGCACCAUCAUCUCCCUGGGCACUAUCUCCUUGAGCAGGGCAGACCUGCUGCUAGGCUGUUUAGAGAAUAACCCAAUAGUGUAUCCAGGAUUGGGACUACAACCAUUUCUCACUUUCUUGCACCAUAAAUUCUCUAGUUACACUGGAAUAAAAAAUGCCUAUUUUUUUAAACUCAACUUGGUCCAAGAGUCUCUUUGCCCUUGUGUGGGGCCUGGAGUGGAGCCCACCUCAGCCUGUCCCCUCUGCCCUGGUAUCUGUCAGCAGGACAAACCUCUCCACUCAGG